GACAAACAACAGGGUUGCCUUUUGUAAAGAAAUGUUUUACUGUGUGGCAUUACUAUAGGGAACAAGCAAUAGAUAAGUGUAGACUGCAUGUGAAUUUCUCUACUCUUCUCGUUUUACCUAUUUCUGUGGAUGUUAUGGAUCCCAAUCACAAUGAAACCCAACAUUAUUUGAAGCUGCCAGAGAACUUCUAUGAUCAUUUGAUUCUGUCCUUCUGCCUGUCUAUGGUGGUGGGCCUGAUGAUCGGUGCUGUCGUUUGGAUCCUCUUGACAUGGCUGUCUCGGCGCAGAGCCUCGGCCCGCAUCUCCAGGCGAAACCCCAGGCAGUCGCGGACCUCCCCUCACAGCCUCCUGCACAGCCGUUCUGGGUUUUAUCGGAACGGCAGCUAUGACCGGAGAAGCAACAACAGCCUGGCUAGUGCAGCUCUUACUUUCCAGCGCCAGGCCUCUCUGGAGCAGGCCGACCCAUUUGCCCGGAAACCCAGCUUCAGGGCCUCGACAUUUCACCCGCUACUUCAAUGCAGCCAGAUCGCCCGUGAGGCUGAGGAAGGGAGCCAAACAACACUCCCGAGAAGCAACGCUGGCUCUGCGGUCAAUGUGGGUGGUCUGGCCCGGCCUGACUCCUUCUGGUCUAAUAGCAGCUUGCGUGGCUUUCACGCCACACAGACCCCACCUCCUGCCUAUGAGACUGUUAUUCGAGCUUUCCAAGAGACUUGUACUUGAGUUCCUGUAAUAACUGAGAGAGAAAGAGAGACCAAGAUUGAGAAAUAAAGGAAGUAUUACUAAAUGUAUUUAGUCUAGUGACUUGUAUGUUAUGGUAUUCUGGUAAGUUGAAACUUGACUUAAAUUACAUCAACCACUUAUUAAAGCUUAUACAGUACAGUAAAAUACUUUAUAGAAUGGGAUAUGGUAUGUUUGUUAGUUUUGCUGUAUGUGUUCUUGUAUUAUAUAUUUUUUUAUAAUAAAAUUGUAAUGUCUUGUUUUUGAGAAAUAUCAGUGACAUGUAAUAACACUAGAUGCACAAUACUACCAGCUAAAAUGACAGUCAGUGCAAAUGUUUUUGUUUUGAGUCAAAAACACCAGAACUCAGUUUACAAAAGCCCUCCAAAGCUAAAAAUGACUUUUAUUCUAUACAUUUCUGUAAUCAUUUCUGCUUACUUUGUAAAAAAUGACAAUGUUUGAUUUUGUACUUCUUUUUGUACAGAUAAGGUCAACUACCAAAGUAAUUCCCUCUAAUAAAGGGGUUAUAUUCUGAAAAA